CAUAAAUAAUGUACAAACAACUAUAGUUUAAACGAGUUGAGGAAUCUCUUACAAAUUAAUAUUUGAUAUUGAAUAACUCCACUCUCCAUUCUUUUUAUAUAUAACCUCUCCUAUUUUCAGCACCCUCACUCUCAAACAUUUUCUCAUCUUCUACAACUCAAAUACAUCUCUUCUUCUUCGAUCUUCCUCUAAUUUUCUCAAUCCUUCCAGAGAAAAACCAAGAUGAGUUCUUCAAUGGUUAAAGUUCUCUUCCUUUUGGGUCUCUUGGCCACCUCAUGCAUGGCUCAAGCACCAGCACCCACACCAACACCAGCCACACCCGCACCAACACCAACACCAGUGAGCCCACCAGCACCAACACCAACACCAGUGAGCCCACCAGCACCAACACCAACACCAACACCAGUGAGCCCACCAUCACCAACUCCCUCACCAACUCCAGCACCAGCACCAGCACCGGCUACUCCUUCUCCGAGCCCAGCUCCAGUCACCGCUCCAACUCCAUCACCAACCACCUCACCUGCUCCAACACCUAACGCCGUCUCUUCUCCUCCUGCUCCAACUCCCUCAGGCACUACCUCACCGUCUGGUGGGCCAAACCCCGCUGACGUACCCAGUGGUAGCUUUGUCGACGGAUGGGUCAACAGAGCCGCCAUCUUUGGAACUGCUCUAGCUGGAAAUUUCUUCGCCGUUAUUAUGGCGUAGAAGAACCAAUGGGAUUUCUCUCAUCGGGUCGUUGUCGGCUUCCAGAUCGUGAGAUCUGUUAUUCUUCUUUGUUUGUUGAGUAGUGUUUUAUUAUUUAUUUGUUUUUGUUUUAUUUUAUUUUAUUUUUUGUAUUUUCUUUAAUUCAUUUUGUUGUGAUGAUGAUGAUGAUGAUGAUGAUGAUGAUGAUGAUUAAUUCUGUAUUAUUAUUAUUGGGUUUGACCUGGGGGUAAUUAUUUUUGAUGGGGUUGAGCUACACGUGUAAAACAUCUGAUGGGGAAUGAAUUGUUGUAGAGAUGGGGCUGGUGUACAUCUAAUAAUAGUGGAAUAAAACAGUUUUAUUCUUUUAUUUGA